ACCAAAAGCCACACGUCGGGCUUGUAAAUAAGCCCGGCUCCGCUGUUUGUUGUGCUCUGCGCUCGCGAGUCAUGUUCACAGCGUGGGGGUGGGGGAUGGACACGCAACCGCGGAUGCCCCGGCCAGUUGUUUGCUCGCAGUCUUCCUGGGCUGGACCUUAACCAGGUAGAGCCGUCACGUUUUUUUUGUUUUUCUCAUCCGUGUGUGUGUGUUAAAAAGCGUGCAAGAGGAGUCUUUUAUCAGCACCAUCAACAAGCGCACGAACGGUUAGGUUACUGAUUACAGGUGAUGCUGUAGUUUGUUUGCGAUAAGGCUUGCUUUGCAGCGCAAAGUCCUGCAAGGUACAACAAGUCUGCAGACUACUUUGUUCACAUCUCUUCCAUCCACCUUAAGACCACCGCUGCUUCUCAGGUAAAGACUUUCUCUUUGGCUUUCUUCGCCGAAUGAAUCAAGACCGCGCAGUUAAAACGGACGCCGGCGGGAAACAGGACUUACGAGGAUUUCCCGGGAUUUGUGAUUGAGUUUACUCAUGUUUAUUGCGUGACAUGAUUUUUUUUUUUUUUUUUUAUUUAGUCAAAGAAAAAUUCUCACAUUGGUCAGCAAGCCACGACAGCAUCAUGAGUGUAGAGUCCGCGGAGCCGCGUGAUGCCUGCUGCUCCAAGCUCAAGCUUUUUAUAGCCUCUCUGGCAUUCGCCUACUUCGCCAAAGCCUUCGGCGGCGCGUACAUAAAGAGCUCCAUCACCCAGAUCGAAAGGCGCUUCGACAUCCCCAGCUCCCUUAUCGGGGCCAUCGACGGUAGCUUCGAAAUCGGCAACCUUUUGGUCAUCGCCUUCGUGAGCUACUUUGGCGCCAAGCUCCAUCGCCCCAGACUGAUUGCGAUUGGCUGCUUGAUCAUGUCUGCUGGUUCCUUCCUCAUUAGUCUACCUCACUUUCUCCAGGGCCCGUAUAAAUACGAGACCAGCGUGGCUCACAACGUCCAGGCCAAUAACACGGAAAGCGUCCUUCCAUGUUCGGCCAACCACAGUUUGACGGAUUUGGAUUACGCGCCGGAUUUAGCAGCACGAGCUGAUUGCGAGAAGGCCGUCGGUUCGUCCAUGUGGAUUUACGUGUUCCUUGGAAACAUGCUGCGUGGGAUUGGAGAAACCCCCGUCAUGCCCCUGGGGGUGUCCUACCUGGAUGACUUUUCCAGAGAAGAGAACACGCCUUUCUAUUUGGCCUGCAUCCAUACGGUGGGAAUCCUGGGCCCCAUGUUCGGGUUCAUGAUGGGAUCCUUCCUCGCCAAGAUCUACGUGGACAUUGGAUCCGUGAACUUAGACAGCGUGACCAUCAACUACAAGGACUCCCGCUGGGUCGGGGCCUGGUGGCUGGGCAACAUCGCAACGGGCACGGUUAUCUUGCUCUCCAGCAUCCCCUUCUGGUUCCUGCCCAAGUCUCUACCAAAGCAGGGGAAGGAGAAGUGCCAGAGUCAAGGCCUGGAGCUCUCCACAGAUGCCGAGCAGGAUCAUUUCCUCCAGUACGAGGAUCACGAAGAGAAAGAAGUUACAUUCCAGGAAAUGGCUAAAGAUUUCAUUCCGUCACUGAAGAGACUCUUCAAGAACAGCAUCUACUCCCUGUUGAUGCUCACCUACCUGGUGGCUGUCAACGGCUUCAUCGGCUUGAUCACCUUCAAGCCAAAGUACUUGGAGCAGGUCUAUGGCCAAUCGGCCUCCAAGGCCAUUUUCCUCAUAGGUAUCCUCAAUCUGCCAGCUGUGGCGUUAGGCAUCAUCGCCGGAGGUUUCGUCCUGAAGCGUUUCAAGCUGGGCGUGGUUGGGGCGGCCAGGGUGUCCAUCACGGCGUCAUUCGGGUCCUUUUGCCUGCUGCUCGUGCAGGUCUUCCUUCACUGCGAUAACGCGCAGGUGGCUGGCCUCACCGUCACGUAUCACGGAAUCCCUGACGUGUCCUAUGAGCUGCAGACAUUGUUGUCACCAUGCAACGCCGCCUGUUCCUGCUCAGUGAAGCAGUGGGACCCGGUGUGCGCCUACAACGGGAUGACGUACGUUUCUCCCUGUCUGGCUGGGUGUCAGACCGCCACGGGUAGUGGAAAGGAGAUGGUGUUCCAUAACUGUUCUUGCAUUCCCGAAAUGAUCAGUCCAAGCCAAAAUACUUCAGCUGUCCUGGGGCAGUGUUCCAGGAGAAGCAACUGUGACCGGAUCUUCAAAAUCUACAUGGUUAUCUCUGUGGUGGGCUCCUUCAUAUCGGCGUGUGGAGGCACCCCUGGUUCCAUCGUGCUGCUCAGAUCCAUACAGAAAGACUUGAAGGCUCUGGCUUUAGGAAUGCAGACGCUAAUCGUAAGAACUCUGGGUGGGAUACCUCCUCCUAUAUAUUUCGGAGCUCUUAUUGACCGGACCUGUUUAAAAUGGGGUACCAAGCAGUGCGGCGGCCGCGGCGCGUGCAGACUUUAUGACGCCGACGCGUUCAGGUGGACCUUCAUGGGGUUGAUCGCUGGAUUCUACUUCCUGUCGAACACAAUGUGGGGAUGCCUGUACUGCAAAAUUGUCCGGAAGCAGAAGAAACUCGCACUGCGGGCCCAAGCCAAAGAAAACGGACUCAAGGGGGACGGCGUGAACGGACACGCUAACGUCAAUAUAGCGCCAAACAAAGAGGACACGAACAAUGAGAGCACCAUUUAAAUGAUGUAGUCAUGG